CUCAGUCCGAGGUGGGGGUGGGGUGCUCAGAACAGAGAGGAAGUGGAUGGAAGGGGAAGUGACCGGCCAGAGAGGAGGCAGGUGCCCGUACAAGCAAAGCCUGCAGACAGCGUCUGGAGCCAUGAUGGACAAGCCGGGGCCCCCAGAGAUGCUGACACUCCUCCAGACAGCGGUGGAGGUCCCCGAGCGGCCCUGCUGUGCUGCACACCCUGAUCCACACAGUAGAGCCGUCGUGGUACUGGGGAUGCUGGCUGUAGGGGGCCUCAGCUUGGUGACUCUCGUCUUGUUCCUGGGGCAAGUGCCCACCUCCCUGAUGUGCCCCGAGGAAGCCCCCUCCAGGUCCUGGGAGGUCCUGGGAGGAGACACUGGGCAGCAGAGUAACUCUUGUCAGCUCAUCCUUGUGGAGAGCAUCCCCCAGGACUUGACAUUUGCAUCCGGCAGCCCCACUGCCCAGCCCCUGGCCCAGGCUUGGCUGCAGCUUCUAGACUCUGCUCAGGAGAGCGUCCAUGUUGCCUCAUUCUAUUGGUCCCUCACUGGACCUGACAUUGGAGUCAACGACUCAUCCUCCCAGCUGGGAGAGGCCGUUCUACAGAAGUUUCAACAGCUCCUGGUCAGGAACAUCUCCCUGGCAGUGGCCACCCACAGCCCAACAUUGGCCAGGACAUCCACUGACCUCCAGGUCUUGGCUGCCCACGGUGCCCAGAUACGACAUGUUCCCAUGAGGCAGUUUACUGGAGGUGUCCUACACUCCAAAUUCUGGGUCGUGGAUGGGCAGCAUGUCUUCGUGGGCAGUGCCAACAUGGACUGGCGGUCCCUGACGCAGGUAAAGGAGCUGGGUGCCAUCAUUUACAACUGCAGCCAGCUGGCUCAAGAUCUUGAGAAAACAUUCCAGACCUACUGGGUGCUAGGGACUCCGCAAGCGGUUCUCCCGAAAACCUGGCCUCGGAACUUCUCAUCCCACAUCAACCGCUUCCAUCCCUUGCGCGGUCUCUUUGAUGGGGUUUCCACCGCCGCCUACUUCUCGGCCUCGCCACCCGCCCUCUGCCCCCGUGGCCGUACCCGGGAUCUCGACGCCGUGCUGGCAGUGAUGGCGGAUGCUCGCGAGUUCAUCUAUGUGUCGGUGAUGGAGUACUUCCCGACCAUGUGCUACUCUCACCCUGCCAGGUACUGGCCGGUGCUGGACAACGCUGUCCGGGCAGCGGCCUUCAACAGGGGUGUGCACGUGCGCUUACUGGUCAGCUGCUGGCUCAACACAGACCCCGCCAUGUUCGCUUUCCUGAGGUCCCUGCAGGCUUUCAGUAACCCCUCGGCUGGCAUCUCGGUGGAUGUGAAAGUCUUCAUCGUGCCUGUGGGCAAUCACUCCAGCAUUCCAUUCAGCCGUGUGAACCACAGCAAGUUCAUGGUCACAGACAGGGCAGCCUAUAUAGGCACCUCUAACUGGUCGGAGGACUAUUUCAGCAACACCGCUGGGGUAGGCCUGGUUGUCAGUCAGACGACCCCUGGAGCCCAGCCCGGUGUGACCCCGGUGCAGGAGCAGCUGAGACAGCUCUUCAAGCGAGACUGGAAUUCCCGCUACGCCGUGGGCCUGGACAAGCAAGCCCCGAGCCAGGACUGCGUCUGGCAGGGCUGAGGGUGGAGCCCUUUGACUCUGGCCUGAUGCUCUGGGUGGACACUGGGCUUCCAUUCACUCAAGCUCAGAAACUGAGAAAGCAAAAGCCUGUCGCUUGGGGCCCGAGGUUGUCAUCUGGCAAACUGCUGAGAGAGCUCUGGGUGGCUUUCAAGUGAAGGAGAAGCUAAAGCAGAGGACGGCCCACGGCUAUAGGGAGACAAAGCAGCUACACAUAAGUGACCCCAGAACCCAGCCGCGCCUCUCUGGCCUGACCAUGAUGAGUUGCUGUGCCGGUCUUCAGAUGUAACAUUAGAGCUGUCCAGCUGCAACCCCCAAUAAAACCCCGUCACUGGCUUGCAGACCUGA